AACUGCGCAUGCCCAGUGCCGCUGGCGAUUUCAGUUUUUCUGUUGAUGUUUGACUAAUCUGUGUCUACUCUGCUCUUAUUUUCCUUUCAUUUUCUGUUCGUGCUCAGCUGUAGAUUUCUCUGUGAGAUCUUCAUUGGUUUUAAACACUGUGUCCUGUAUCCUGAACAUGACGUCUGAGGACAGUCUCAUGUCUCCUGAAUCGACUGUCACCUCACUGCUGGCCACAUCAGGACAUCUGCGGAGCUCUUUAGUCCCGGAGCCCGUCCCGUCCAUCAGAUACAGAGACAGACAGUACGUGUCAGCGUCAGAGGCGCUGGACGCUUACAUCGCUGAUUUCCAGAGAAGUCUGCAGGAUUCUGAGACAUCGACAGGGAAACUGGAGCUGGCCAAAGAAAUAUCAAAACCUCAUCCAAGAAACAGAGAUGUCUUGAAAACAAGUUUGACUGACAGCGAGCUGAAAUUCCUGAAUAUUCCCAUCAGGAAUAGAGGCUCUGAUCGCCUUAGUGUGACCACUGAUGACCUCAUCGCUCUUCCACCCGACGGAUCGCUCCCCGUGACCCGCACCUCCGCCCUCCUGUCCCAGUCAGGGAGCUUUCCGCUAGGCUUGAGUCUCAACUCGAGCUCCUGGUCUCAAUAUCACUUCAUGCACCGGCCUGCUCCUCACAGAGCUCUGCCCACAGGAAGAACGCCAGCAGGCAGGAAACCCUUCCCUGUGGAUGAUUUACUGAUGGGUGGUUCGCGAUUACAGCGUCAAGCUCCUCCCCCCAAUAUCCUGUUGUCCAAUCGGACGCAUCCACCUGACACGCCCAGAUCUCAUUUUCUCCCUCGCUGGAUGACCAGUCAGAAAUCUGAAAUGGAUUUUUCCGGAAUGUCCAGCGUUCCAGACCUCAUGUACCCGGGAUGGCUUAAACAGUGUGAAGAAUCUUCUGAUGCCCCGUGGCGUGAUCCAGAUCUAUCUGUCAGAGUUCCAUCCUGGGUGGGAGAACUGGACAAAUACAGUGACACUAAAGAGCACAGAGUGGUCAAAGGUCACACAGGGGAUCUGAAUGGCUCGAGUGGUCAAUGCAGUCUGAGGGAACUUCGUUUACAAUUUUCAGAGAAACUUAACACAGCAAAGAGACGAGAGAUCGGACAACUGUUCAAAGGUGAUCAGGUGGCGUCUCUGAUCUUCAGAGCCGAGCAGGUGUUGAACUCUCCUUCUAUCGGUCUCUGUGAUCCAGCAGAGGAACACAACAGCUCUGGGGAUACGGAGGAAGCUCUGGACGCUGACCGCUCCUGGGACAAUCCACCGGUGACAUUUAAAGCUCCAGUGCCAGUGGGCGGCGCUGAUGAGCCACCAGUGCCUGAGGAACUGCAGAGGAGCAAGUCCACAGCUUCCUGUUCAUCCGGAUACAGCAGCAGGAAACAUCCGGGUCCAGUGGAGACUCUCAAACACAUGCUGUUCAGUCUGCAGGCCGUACAAAACGACAUCAACCAAUCAAACACGUCCAGUGACAUCACAGAUACACCUGAACAGCUGCAGAGAGACAUGUUGGAGCAGGUUCCUCAGCUGGAAAAGGAUGAAAAUGUUGCGGCCGCAGACGGCGAGUCAUUACAGAGAGCUCUUCAUCAUCUGCAGAAAUUAAAAACCCUUGUGGAUGACAUGAACAAGAGGAACGCCACAGCAGUCCAUGAUGGGAGACAUUAUACAGAGAAGCCUGCAGAUAAUAUCACAAACAGUGCCAAAAUCAACAAGCAUUUAUGAAUAAAUGAUCCUACAAACACUAUGACAUUAAAGCAGUCUGAUGUAUUUAUUUUUGUACACAUAUGACUGAUUAUUUUUGCUGUAACUCGUGCCUCUUAAUUAAACAUGUUGCCAUAUAUUUGCUAAUUAAAGCAUUACAUGUAUGUUUGGGUGCAAGGUCUGAUUUCUGCUUUACUGUAGGAGAAUCUGUAAAUAAUCCUUUAUACUGUAUCUGUAUGAUAGUAUAAUUGAAUGUUUGCAUUGUUACAAUUACCUGGUUAAAACUGGUUGGACUAACAUGUUUAAUGUAUCUCUGUGAACUUAUAAAGAAAAAUACUUGAAAAUCCGAAAUAGAAGUAAAUAUUUGAUAAACAUCACACUAUCAAAUAAAGCCGUUUUAAGUUCACUCAUCCAUUUUCAUUUGAAAACACCAUCGUUUCCCAAAGAAUGUGGUUAUGGAGAUCAUUUUGGGUGGAUGAAAAUGCUAUUCCAGUGUGAAGGAGAGGCGUAAACGUGGCCUGAGAGUUCACUAACUAAAGUAUCGUGUUACCGUGCUUUUUAACGCAUGUCAGUGGCGUAACCACGGGUGUGCCAGGGUGUGCAAAUGCCCCCCAAAACAUUAGCAUGCACACACAAAUUAAAUGAUGAUUUUUUUAAAUUUAUGCACGCUUUUAAUAGGGGUGCGUUGAUACAUCAGUUCCUGAAUUUAAUGACCGAUUAUAAUGUCCAUAAUAAUACUCAGCGUUACAGAAACCGUCUUAGAUUACACAUGUGCUCUCACAACAGACGCAGAUAGUGUGAGUCUGAGGAAACAAACGUGCACUAUAAACUUUUUGCUACUGAUCUCGACUUUGUCAUUUUUCAUAACUGCGUGCAAAAUAUUCGAGCAAAAUAAAGGAUCUUGACCGCUAUAUUACACAUGCUCUUUAUGUGUUAUAGGCAUACGCCAUUUAGUUGUUAAUUCUGUAAGACGAGACUUAUCUGCCUGUAUUCGUGACAGAUUUCAUUGAUAUUUUAAUUAUUGUUCAGUAGCUAAAUGUUCCCAUUAAAUGAUAUGCAAGUGUCUAUUACACGAUGAUCAACGUAUACUGACCGUUUGGUAGUUUGCAUCAAACCAGGAUGUGUUUUCAUUAAUUUGUAUUGGCUCACUACUUAAUGUAACAUCAGUAUUAUUUUUAGGUCGCAAAAAAUUUUGCCUAUAGGGGGCGCUACAACAAAAAAACGCUCAUAACUCCGCAACCGUAUGAUCAAUGAAGUUGAAAAUUGGUAUGCAUCUUGAAGGGGCCAAAGGCUAACAUAUCCUACAAUAUCAGUCAGACAAAUAAAAAAACAUGGCCGCCAGCAGCCAAUCAAAUUUCAGCAGCAAAUAACAUCAAAUCUGAAUGGCCGACCAUUACGAAACAUGAGAUAUUUGUAGACAGUGUCAGAAUGAGGCUGUGUACCAAAAUCGGCCACAAGGUGGCACUAUAACAAGGACAUUUACAUUUUCACCAAUAACUCUGCAACCUCAAAAUAUUUCUUUUCCUAUAAUUCCUUGCACCAAGACCUACAAAUGUAUAUCUUCAUUAUAUUGCAUUUUAUAAAAUCUUUCCGCUAUUCUAAUUUUCUAAAAAAGCAACUUUUUCUAACUCCUCCUAGGCCGUAUAUCCGAUUCUCACAAAAAUUGGUGUGUGUCUACUAUGAACCCUCAUGACAAAAUGUUCUCAAAGAAAUUUUGAUUCGACGAAGUGUUGCGAAUAUUUAAGCCAACGAAUUGGUCAGGCGUCGUCCAUUUUGUACGUAUUGACCAAUAUCUACCAAACGAAAAGGCCAAAUGUUACGAAACUUGAUACACAUAUACAACAGCACAUUUUGAGUCUGCAUGCAAAAUCGCGAAAACAUUCACAUAUAGGGGGCGCUAUAACUAAAAAAUGCUCAUAACUCCGCAACUGUAUUAUCAAUGAAGUUGAACAUUGGUAUGCUUCUUGUAGGGGCCAAAUGUUAACAUAUUCUUCAAAAUGACUCAGACAAACAAUUAUUGUAUAUUAUCCAAUGUUACUUGCUAUUGUGAACUACAUCUAGGACUCCCUAGGUCAAUAAUUAUCAAAGAAAAGUUUAACUUUAGUUAUUUAUUUAGUUAUUUAGGGGUUGCAUUUAUCAUGUGGAUUUGACCAAGUGUAUCCAAAAGCCUAUAAAUC